GUUGCCAUCGACCAUUGGUCAUUCACCCUCUCCCUACCACAUACUAUCUUCGGGGUCUACUCGCUCUCUGUGAACACGCAAACCCAAUUGCAGUAUGGCCGGUCAGGCGGGUACGAAACGAGAUGCGGAUCAUCUGAAAGACCCAGCCGCAGAUCGAAAGAAGUCCAGGGUCAACGGUAGCAUAACUUCUUUCUUCAGUGUUCCAAAGCCCUCAGUCUUGGUCGAAACUAUGCCUCCGACCAGGGCCUCGUCCAACUUCGAUAAGCAGAAAUGGGUGGCGUCAUUAAACCCCGAGCAGAGAGAGCUCCUUCAACUUGAAAUUGAUACUCUAGAUGAGAGUUGGUUGGCACAACUCAAGGACGAGGUAUUGAAGCCGGAAUUCCUAGCUUUGAAGCGCUUUCUGCAGAAGGAAAAGCGAUCGGGAGCUAAGAUUUUCCCCCCAGAACAGGAAAUUUACUCUUGCUUUAGGUCCCGCCAUACCCCUCUGCACAAGGUCAAAGCAGUAGUGAUCGGGCAGGAUCCCUAUCACAAUCAUAACCAAGCUCAUGGUUUGGCUUUUUCCGUCCGCCCGCCAACACCAGCUCCCCCAUCCCUCGUCAAUAUCUAUACGGGGAUCAAGAAUGACUACCCUUCCUUCCAGCGACCACCGAACAAAGGCGGCCUUUUGACUCCUUGGGCUGAACGGGGAGUACUUCUUCUCAAUACAUGCUUGACUGUCCGUGCACAUCAGGCUGCCAGUCACUCGAACAAAGGUUGGGAACAAUUCACUCAGAAAGUCAUCGACUUGGUGGCCCGGGUUCGUACUCGUGGCGUUGUGUUCUUAGCAUGGGGGACGCCGGCCGGCAAACGGGUGGCAGGCAUCAACAGAGAGAAGCACUGCGUCUUGCAAUCAGUUCAUCCAAGUCCAUUAAGCGCAUCUAGAGGCUUUUUCACCAACCAACAUUUCAAGAAAUGCAAUGAUUGGCUAUCCGAUCGGUAUGGCCCAGGCGAGACAAUCGACUGGAGUCUAAGCUCCAAGAAUAAGGCAAAUAAUCCCCUCACCAAUAUUCAAGGCCCUGCUCCACAUGAGGCAAAUGGUUGUGAGGAUCUAGCGGUGAAAUUACCCAAUGCUCAUUACGAGCAAGUGUCUCAUCAUGACUCGAAAACCCCCAUCCCGACCGAGAAAGCCGAUGAGUUCGAUGAGGAUCUAGAUGCAUUGGAGGUACUGGCGGCAGCAGACUCAACCACUUGAGCGUCAGGAAGAACGACGCAUUCUAUAUCUCUGAUGCUUUAUUGGCCCGAAUACCUCUAGGUAAGAGUCACAGGUUAUUCAUAAGUACUCGCCAUAAUUGAAUUGAUAAUUUCAGGGUGACAGUUGAUAAAAUGUGGGGUCGCAAUACAACAAGUCGUGUGAUUUUAAGGCACGCAUUUGCGCUCGUAUGGCACCAGGGGCACGUGCGUAGAUGCUUCAAUGUGCUGAUCAUUGAACUUAUUCCCUAGGGUAGCUCUAGGAUUAGGUUACGUCGUUCCGAGACGGGGUCGGAAAUAGAAA